UGAGCGAAUGAACCGCCUCGGCAGGUUAGUGGCGGCCUCAGGCCACUGCGCCGGAGAUUCACACUGCGGUCGGACAUUUGGUGAAAGUCCGCGGACUUUCAACACCAGCCCUAAUGUUGCUGACCCCCGGUCUCUUGCUCCGGAUCUUGUCAAAUCUCCGUUCUUGAGCGAGUAAAUAUGACAAAUAUUCACAGAAUGCAACAAUCAACAUGACUUAUAAGCACACAUGCAGAAUGGUUUUCCAUUCCCACACCCUGCCUAUCUUGUCCUACCUAAGAUACCGAAGUCAGGCCUAUCCUCAAAAAGCUAUUUUCACAUAGGCUGCGGUCAUCGAGAAGGAUCUAUUGAGUGAUGUCUUCUACCAGUGAAUCUACGAUGCCUGACAGCCGACAUCCUCGCAAAGAGGAAGUCGACAGGGCCGAUGAUCACAGCUCAGGGCCUGGCGGUGUUGGCGAGCCAGACGCUGGAGGUCCUCCAUCCGCAUUUUCAUCUACCUUCCAAGAGGUCCUUUUCAUCUUUGUCAUUGGCCUAUCACAGCUCUUCUCUGUCGGUGGUCUCGGGAAUACCGCUUUCUCGGUGCAGCAAAUUGGCCACUCGCUGAACGCCACAAGCAAUGGUCAAAUGUCCUGGUUCCUAGCGUCAUACUCUCUCUGCGGCGGUGUUUUCGUUCUAGUGACCGGACGACUAGGCGAUCACUUCGGCCACAAAUAUGUCUUCCUUUUCGGUUGGAUGUGGAUGGCUCUGUGGUCGCUCGUGAGUGGCUUCGCCAAAGACGUGAUCCUCUUCGACAUUGCUCGCGGCAUGACGGGCAUCGGCAACGGGGCACUGGUCCCCAACUCCUUCGCCCUCCUUGCACGUGCCUUCCCCCCGCUGUCAAUCAAGAAGAACCUUGCUUUUGCCUUCCUCGGAUUCUGCGCACCAUCGGGCUAUAUUUUUGGGGGCUUGAUCGGCGCUGCCUUUGCCGAGACAGUCACCUGGCGAUGGGGGUAUUGGUUCUGGGCCAUUGGCUGUCUCGUGCUGGGCGCAAUAACCUAUCUCAUCGUUCCCCACCGCGUGGGCUCACCGAUACCCGGCCUCACUCUCAAGCAAUUCGACUACCUCGGAUCCCUUCUCGGUGUCUCAGGUCUCAUCCUCUUCUCCUUCGCCUGGAACCAAGCCUCGGUGGUAGGCUGGCAAGAACCCUACGUCUACGCGCUUCUCAUCGUCGGACUUCUCCUGAUCAUCGCAUUCGCUAUUUCGCAGUCCCACGUCCCAGCUCCCGUCCUCCCUAACACCCUCUGGACCCGCAAGGGCUUUUCCCCGGUCGUGACAGCCAUGGCAUUCGGCUGGAUGUCCUUCGGCAUCUUCCUCUACUACACCACGAUCUACAUCCUCACCAUCCACAAAGCGCAGCCACUCACCACAGUCGCGCAGAUGGUUCCGCUUGUGAUCGGAGGACUGUUCGCGACGGCCUCCGUCGGGCUCUUCAUCACCAAAGUCCCCGCGCAGUAUAUCUUCGGCGUCUCCAUGUUUUCCUUUCUGGCUGGCAACCUGCUCAUGAGCUUCGUUCCGUACUCCCCCGUCUACUGGGCCUUCAUCUUCCCUGCGUGCUUGCUGGUGGUGGGCGGACCGGACCUCUCGUUCGCCUCGUCGGGGAUCCUCAUCUCCAAUGCGGUCCUGCCGGAGGAGCAGGGCGUCGCUGGCUCCUUUAUAUCAACGGUCGUGCAGUACUCCAUUUCCAUUGGCCUGGGGAUUGCCGCGACAGUCGAGGCGCAUGUCAACCGCGGGGGGGAUGAUGUGGUCCGCGGGUAUCGCGGGGCGCUCUGGCUCGGGGUCGGGUUUGCGGCGAUCGGCUUCUUCAUUGUGGCUCUCUUUGUUCGGGACAGUCGGUUCAAUAAACAGGAAAAGAAUGGGAAGGUCAAUGCGAGCAGCAUGGAUAGCGCUGAGAUGCCAAUCGACAAGGCGGAGGUCUGAGGUCUUGUUAAGGUAAUUAGAAAUCGUCGGGGAAAUGAGCCUGGUAUCAUAUUUAGCUAGAUUGGAUACAGGAUAAAGAUUUGUACGGUUACAGCACCAAUGAUAGGUUGAUGUGACUUUAAUAGCAAAUGAAGCACAAGGAGGUAUGCAAGACGAUCCUUUGAUAGGUGGCUGUAGUCAGUCAGGCUGUGUCUUGCCAUUUAAGCUUCUCUAUGGCAGAGCAAUUCAG